GUGUGUGUGUGUGUGUGUGUGUGUGUGAUUUUACCUCUGAACACAACCAAGUUAAUGUUCCAAGAGGAACUCCAGGAGUCUUCCAGUUUAGUGUUUCUUUUGUCAGAACCAGAACAUUUUUCCCCAUGUAGAAGCUCUUUUCAAUGUGUUCAAUAGAGUUAUGAGAAUUCAGUUUGAAGAAAUGCAAGUCUCAAUGUUUAUAUUUGCUGUGAAAUGCAAAUUAAGAAUUCUGUAUCGAGGUUAGUUGAGAAAAGAAUGUUUAAAGGUCUAAAGACCUGCCUGACUAAGAGGUCGUGAUAAGCGGCAUUAAUAUCUCUGACUUGAUCCCAGAUAACUCUACAAGGCCUGGCAGCAUUUGAGAAGGUCAAUUUAAAAUGGUAUGGUUAAUAGCCCAUUAGGAAGUGGAGACAAUUUUAGGAAGCCUCAGUUACGUCAUUUGAGGCCGUCCCCACAUAAACAUCAGAUGUGUCCUUGAUUGUGUGUAAAUAAACAGAGAGCCAAGAGAUAAGGCAGGUGAUCAUACCCUCUGCGGCCCCUGGUGAGCUGCCGUGUUUGAGGCCCCAUGUGUGCUCUUCUUUGGUAGUGUUUGCAUUGAUCUGUGUGCGUCACUGGCGCAAUCCAGGAUCAUAGAGCUGGCAAACAGAAGAGCCAGUUACAUCCUGUUGGGACUAGUCUGCUAGAAUGCUGAAUGUAAGGUAGUGUAGUGUCAAGGAAGUGUAUGGUGUCAUAAUUUUUGAAGUGGACCUUGUGUUCAUCUUAUUCUCAGCCAGGCUACCAGAGAGUGCCCCAAGAUUCUCCCAUUACGCUUGCCUUGCCUUCCCGGCUCCUUCCUCAUGGGGUGGUAGCUUGAUAGUGAAGCUUAUUACCCUCACUGUCCCAGCGUUUCACAGUGACGUCAACACCGCGGUCUGUUUAAUGUGUGACGCGUGUCUGCACAGCCCAGUGUUCAGCUUUGUCUUCUGAAGAGCUGGUGAUGCUUGAUGUUUUGUGUAUGUGUGCAUACUGACCUGGGAUCAGUCACAGCAUAGAGCUGCGUGCCGCUUGCACCUGGCCCACUUGGACAAUAGCUCAUGAUUGGCUCACAUGGUGUGAACUCUAUGAACUGAAAAGGUGUGACUGACAUAUAAGGAGUGUCCCUACAGCCGCGCGAGGACUUUUGCUCCAACUUAGGGCUACCUGGACAUCAUUGGAUUACCCUGCAAGUCCUCUUAUUCAUAUCCUGCUUAGGCUGUAAGAACACUGCGGCCACACUUGACUGGGAAGAAGCAAAAGGACUUUUUCCACUCCACUCGUUUUUUGCUGCUGUUUUGGUCUUUGUUGUCGUGAGCCCUCGCGCUGGCGUUUCAUCCGCUACAGGCUAUGGAUCGCAUGGAGCUCAAGAAGGUCAGCACGGAGGACGAUGACAGCACCAACAGCCUGGACGACCGCUUCACUGAGCCCAUUGACUCGGAGAAAGCCACCAUCAACAGUCAGUUCCUCGAUGACAACGAUGGCGAGAGUCAGAAGUUUCUUGGAAAUGGAAUUAUGAAGAAGAAAAAGUACGAGGAGUACCAUGAAGAAUAUCAUCCAGGGCAUGCGUCCUUCGGCAUGUCUGUGUUCAACCUCAGUAAUGCCAUCAUGGGCAGCGGUAUCCUGGGCCUCUCCUACGCUAUGGCCAACACGGGGAUCAUGCUUUUCUCAAUCCUGCUCCUAGGUGUGGCAGCCCUCUCUUUGUACUCGGUGCAUCUACUGCUGGUCACUGCUAAAGAAGGAGGCUCCCUGAUCUAUGAAAAGCUGGGAGAGCGGGCGUUUGGCGCGACAGGGAAGUUUGCCGCCUUUGGGUCUAUAACACUACAGAAUAUUGGAGCCAUGUCCAGCUACCUCUUCAUUGUGAAGUACGAGCUGCCUGAGGUGAUCCGUGCGUUCAUGGGGCUGGAGGAGAUCUCUGGUGAGUGGUACCUCAAUGGCAAUUACCUGGUGGUGUUCGUGUCCAUUGGUGUCAUCUUACCCCUCUCGCUGCUCAAAAACCUCGGCUACUUGGGCUACACCAGUGGAUUCUCCCUCUCCUGCAUGGUGUUUUUCCUGGGCGUGAUGAUGUAUAAGAAGAGCCAGAUGGUGUGUCCACUGCCCUUCAUGAUGGCGCACUCCAACCUGACCAUGAACGGCUCCGAUUUCCUGGGGGGGCCCUACGCGCUGCACAACGCCACGGCCGUCAUGGACUUCUCGCGCGCCGACGUGACCAGCGCCCACGUGGACCCCCACCACUCCCCCGCCAGCGGCGCCACCGACGUCCACUACGAGCCCCACCACGAGACCGACGAGGAGAUGUGCACGCCCAAGUACUUUGUGUUCAACUCACAGACCGCGUACACGCUUCCCAUCCUGGCGUUCGCAUUCGUGUGCCACCCUGAGGUGCUUCCCAUCUACAGUGAGCUGAAAGAUCGUUCCAGGAAGAAAAUGCAGAAUGUGUCCAAUUUGUCCAUUCUGGCCAUGCUGGUGAUGUACAUGCUCUCAGCGCUGUUUGGGUACCUCAUCUUUUACAAUCACGUGGAGGACGAGUUGCUGCACACCUUCACAAAGGUGUACAAGUUUGACACCAUGCUCCUGCUGGUGCGUCUGGCUGUGCUGACCGCUGUCACCCUCACCGUGCCCAUCGUGCUCUUCCCUAUCCGUUCGUCGAUCAUCACGUUGGUGUUUAAAGACCAGGAUUUCAACUGGAUCCGCCAUGUGGGCAUCGCCGCUGGCAUCUUGUUCUUGGACAACAUGCUGGUGAUUUUCGUCCCCACUAUCCGCGACAUCUUCGGGUUCAUUGGUUCCUCUGCUGCCACAAUGCUCAUCUUCAUCCUCCCUGCGAGCUUUUACCUGAAGCUGGUCAAGAGUGUACCUCUCCGCUCCCCGCAGAAGAUCUCGGCGGCCAUUUUCCUCGUGGUGGGCAUUAUCUUCAUGAUUGUCAGCUUGUCACUUAUCGUGCUGGACUGGAUCCACAACCCCCCUGGCUCGUCUGGAGACGGUCACUAAGCAACAGACAUGAGAAACACUAUCAUCAUCAAGGGCUGAACUCCAUGGGCCCUGAUUGUCCCCAAAGAUUCUACUUUUUUUCCGCAAAAUGGCUGUUUUUGUCACAUGCACCUUUUUUCUGUAAACUACAACAAAAGUAUUACACAGGAACUCCAUUUGUGAGUACACCGGACUCCUUCAGACAUCAUUUUAGCUAUGUUUGUUUUGUUGUUUUUAUUUUUUCUUUGUUUUUUUUGUUUCAUGUGUGUAUUUGUAAGUGAUGAACAAUCUUUUUUGCAGUGUAGUCACUGAGUUUAGGUUGAGUCAACAGAGUAAAGUAAUUAGGCAAUCGUAGAUCUAGAGAGAUGGGGGGUGUAGGGGGGGGCAAGCGGUUGGUGCUUCCAUUGCAGUAUCUGUGUAGCCUGCCAGUUACUGGUUGUGCUGUGAGCAGGAUAAACCAUUUUUAUUUUAUUUUUUGCAGGGACCUCAAAGUCACAAACUGUAAAGAGAGGGAGAGAUGAUUUUUGUUGUUGUUGUUUUUGAGAGCUGCUGUUUCUGGUCAUGUGGAAGCAGACCUGUGUCUGUCUCCAAGGUCGUCGUCCUCAUGCACUUGAAGUUGGUUUUUGGGGUUUCUGUAGAGACAAAGAGCACUUCUAGAUUGUUUUAAUUGCAUUUUCACACAAACAUGCUAGUUCAUACACACAUAUGCACACACACAUAUACACACACAAACACACACUCAUUCAUUCACUCACACAAACACACCUUUUUUUUUUAAAUGUUCACUCAAAAAAUGGCAAAGGCUUGUCAAGCUACCAGAAUGAGGGUAUUUAAUUUUUUUCUUUCAAAUCCCAAUUGUGUUGAUACAGAUAUCCUAUACUUGACCUUGAAUUGUGAGUGAAGGUCGUAUGUCACCGUGUCAAAAUGUAUAUUAAGCAAUGAUUCAGACCACAAGCUUUUAAACGGGAACACCUUGUUGGUGUUAUUUUCUACAUAGAUAGUAUCAUACAUUUGAAUGUUUUUUUAAACUGAAAUUUCAAUCGUAGAAUUUUUAGACAAAAAAAUGUGAAAGUGCUCAACAGGCUUAUUCACCAGGCUUUGGGUGACUUACUGUUCAAGCAGUCGGACUUAAACGUAUGUGUCUAUGUGCGAGAGCAUUAUAAGUGCAGAUAUAGCCAUUCUGUUUCACUGUGAAGUGUCUCAACACCAGUAUGUGUUUAGUGCUAUUUAUUUCUUUUUUCCCAGACUUCCCCACGCUCCUAUGAGCAUUUUUUUUUUUCUGAUAUCACAGAAGCUCUCUGAAUGAAGUCGAUAAUCUGAAUUGGGUUUGUGAUCCAUACAGCCCUUGAGGUAACUGAUGAGCAGCGAUCAUGUCAAUCGGCAACAAAAUCUAGAGAUAGUAGCUUAUGGAAUAUGGAGUGUUUUUGACUUAUAGGGAGAGGCGGUAUUGGCCAAAUGUAAUAAGUGAAUGAAAUCAUUUAAAUUAGUUACCCAUGCUGAAUACUCAUCACUAUUAAUUUUAUUGCUAUUAAUAUAUCCCACUUUUUAGUAAACAUUUUUUAAAUCCACAUGCAAAAAAAGGGUGCCUCGACUACACUAAGAUUCACAGAUCUGGUUGGCUCCUUGGCUGACUACAUUGCCUUGUACAAGUGCAGGUUCUGAAUAUUUGAUCAGCUGGAAUGCCAAUCCGUUUUGAAAAGGUGUUCAUUGCAAAACAUAGCCGCUAUGUUUUGAACAGAUCCAGCCAAAGUGGACAAUAUUUAUAGAUCAUUUAUCGAUCUCUCUAUAUACAUACAUCAAGUGGAUAUUUCAAAUGAAAUGGUAUAAUAUGUGCAUGUUUUGGAUUACAAACAUGGUCUUUUUUGACAGUUGUAUAUGCUUUGUAAAUAAUCGAUUUUAUGGUACACUUACUGAACUGUUUAGGAGGGGUGGGGUUGGGGGGUGGGGGUUCUGGGGGUUACUCCUCUAGAGACUUGGCAUUUGAAUGGGUUUAGAACUUUUGUUUUAGACUAUGAUGUAACAUGCUGUUAACUUUUUUAGCUUGCUUUCUACAUAUGUAGACCUAAACGUCUCUGGUUAGUAAGUGAAAUGGAUAAAUGGUUAAAUUGCUUCUUUUUCGUUAACGUCUCUGUGUAGUUUCUUCAGCUUAUGAUGGUACAUGUUAGUCAUGGAUGCAUAGAUGUCCGCAUGAUGUUGAUUGUACGUUGUUAUUGACUUGAUUCUUGAUGUGCAGAUGUGCAUGUUGUAAGAUUUUGCAUAUUCAAGACCAAGGGUGCAUACCCAUGAUGCCUUGCUACUGCAGGGACGGCCCACCUUUCACAUUUGCUAGGAAUGUGCAAAAGCAAACUUCUCAGCAGAGCUAUCUGCGGACUGAUAGAGAUUUGUCAUCCGUGAGGCAGACUAGUAGCUAUCUGGGCAGAGAAGUGAAGGUUAGAUGUACUGAGCUUAUUGAGGGCACGGAGACCCCAGGGUGAAGGCAAACCUAUGGUAGAUCUUGCCCCUGGGCCUCAGGUUUAUUGUAUGGAUACUUCAUACAACUGGAACUAAAUGUAUAGGCUUAGGGAUUAGCUACAGUGGACUGGCAUGUGGACCUACCCUCUCUGCUUAAUACGUCUCCCCUCAACAUCUGACCUCAGCUUCUGUUUGAUUUCCCAUAGAAGUGCUUUAGCAGAAGCUGCACACCAGCCCUCAGUGCAGGCAGGGCUCUCUGCUCUGCUCUGGGCAUGUGUGUCUGUGUGAUCUGUGGGGUGUGGCUGUGCUCAGUAUAGUGGCUUUUGGAAGCCAUUCUGGUGUGGUUUGUCCCUUUCAUGAAGGACCAGAUAGAUCAGGAGUAAUAAAAGGAAGUCUUCUCAGGCAUGCGAAACAUUGUCGACGUGAAGCGCCACAAUACAACACAUACACACGCGCACACACAUGCAACACACAACGCCAUCUCGGGGAUGGCGUAGACAUUCACACACUAGCUAGAGCUGUGCCUUAGUGUUUACUGCUCAGGUACCACCCCAGGCAUGUCACACGUAACCUCUGGAGAACAGCAGGAGUGCAUUCAGAGCUUAUGUUUACACCGGUAUCAGCAUUAUUUAAGAGCCUUAUAACCGAAGAAUGUGUCAUUGCGUAUGGAAAUGAGUGUGAUGAGUGCCACAGGUGACUGUCUCCCUGGUCUUUACGUGUGACCUCACAUGUAUGGAACUAUCUGCCUUACUACUGCCAUCAUGCCUGUAAGACGCACGCACUGGCCCACCGUCAUGCCAUACAACAUGUCUGUCUCCUGUGGAUCAACUAACAUUCACUUGUAUAUUUGCCAGAUCAAAGGGGAUUUUUGUAUCAGUGAAGCUGUGUCAUUGUUAUGUAAAAAUGAACAAUAAAAAUGUGAAAUGA